GGUACGUGUACGUGUCAUGGCUGCGCUGCGCUGCACAUUCACGCACUGUAGGCCUGCGACGGCACGAGGCAAACGGGCGGCGUGACAAACGGAGCCAUUCACGGCCCCACCGAGGCUUCGAAGACACGGAGCCGACCUGGAUUUUAACCAUACAAAAGACAUACAGUAAUCAGCUGAUGGAUUGUUUACUCUCCCAAAGCACCCUUUAGAACAGGCGCUACUACUUUAGCGACUCUUUUAGGCCCUACUCAUUUCAUUUGUAAGCACGCAGGCACUUGGAAGCUGUCGGACAUGCAUUCAAAUGUCACAGUUUAGUAGUCGUUGUUGUUGUUGUUUGUGUCGCUGGCAAACAAACAAACAAACUGAAGAAAAAGAGCCCGUUAGGCAGUUGACUGGCUGCAUUGAAAUGGUGUACUGGGUUAGUUUGUUGCUGUGAAUGGGGAACAUGGGUGGCGAGGGAGAGGAAUCAGUGGUCCCUCUGUCCCUGCAGUGUUUCCCCUGGUGUUUGAACAGCAGAAGAGUCCGGGGACCUGAACCCGGGGCUAAUUAGCUAAUUCAUCAGGCCCAAUGGGAGUGACGUGCGAUUUAAUCAAGUCACCAACAAACCGCUUUCUGUGCAAAAACAAGUUGUCAGGAAUUACUCCCGGAAUCUUUUAGUGUUUCAGUUCUUUGCGGUUUCAUAGAUGACAGUAAAGUGCCGCUAUGUGGGAAGUAAACAUCGGUUUAGAACACGAACAAAUAAGAACAAAAAAGGCCGAGGCGGGUAGUUCAGUGUGAGUAAUUAACAGUUUAGAGGAACUAUUCCUCAUGCAUUUACAUCAUAGCAGCACGUUGCUGUGGUAACAGGCCGGGAUGACCUGAGCUGGUGAUGUUCUAACAGGGAGAGCCCCCUAGUGCUCAACGAGAGAGGUCCCUUUUUACUCGUUAUACGACAACAGCUUCUUAAACGUGCUGCUGAGUGGACUCGUCGGGGUGGAAGGUUUAAAAAACAAAAAAACAAAAAAAAACACAGCCGAGCUCACCAACUACCACGAAGCCCUGUUCUAUAAUGUCAAAGCUUGUCCCUCAACCAACACAACAGCUGUAAGUCCACACUGAGCCUGGAGCCCAAGCUGCCAUACUGGAAAAAAAACGCUGAUAUGAAUUGAGUCUAUUUCAGGAGGAGUCUCUGACGUUGGCAUGGUUACCAACUAACAAGCUACUGAAAACUACAUGGAGACGGUGGCGAUGGAGAGCAAAAACACGAGGCCCCUUGUCCCUUGCUACAAGGAGAAGUUGCAGAGGAAGCAUCUCAAAGCCUCGGCGAACAGGACAAACAUCUCCUCGGUCGGCACUCGUCGCCGCUUCGUGACAGCGAGCCUCGAGGACUCGUCGGUCUCAUCGGGAGACGGGGGACGCGUCUCGCCGCUUGUUUCGGACGACGCUCCAAAACAGAAGUCCACCGCCUCCGGUCAAAAGCCCAAGAAGGGCCUUUCUAAGGAACAUGCUUGCUUUUCCAAGCAGAUGACCCAGAAGCAGAUUCGCAGAGAAUACGUGGCCUCUGUGGAGAAGGAACUCAAACGGCAUCCUCUCGCUAUGUUCCCGCACUAUAAGGAUCACAUGACCCCCGAACUAUUUGAUGAGGUGGUGUCCAUUUUGGACCCAGAACUGAGCGUAAACGGCGCCGCUAGACUUCCUCCGCCUACAGGAGGCCAUGCGGAGGAGGACGAUGAACAAGUGGACACAGCUCAACACAGGAAUUCUGGCGACACGCUGGGUAGUGUUAAUAUGAUCUAAAUGACUACAAAUCAUCUGUGAUUAUUAUUACUUUUCAAUCAUUGUAAAACUACCACAAUGUCCAAAAUCCAAGUUCAAACAAAGCGUUGCAGUCGAAGCGAAUCAACCGAGAACAGACAAAGACAUGAAAGUAGCUGCCAAACCUGUCAGCAGAUGAUUUGCAGGACAGUCAGAGCUAAAACACAAACCAUGACGGUGUUGAGAUAAUCAUACAAUGGAUUUAUAUUUGACACCAAUGUUAGCAAAUCUGCAACACGGCCUUCAAGACACUGCCCCACCUGCUUUCCCUGUUGGAGAGGAAUUCACAAAAUGUGAAAG